AGCUCAUGGAGUUGUGAGGGGCAGCGCCUUUGUGUAUGACUGUGUGCAUCUGUUGGAGCUGUAUUGACUUCGGUUGUGUAUGCUAAUCUGACUUUCAGUUUCAUAGAUUUGGGUCGAGAUUGAAGAACAGAGUUGUUGCACAUCAGUACAUGUGAUUCACCUGGUUCUUUACCAGGAACAUAAUCAAAACACAGGAUAAUUGUCAAUAUUUCCUUGUUACUUAAGAGUGGUUGAAAAGCGUCCGGUCACAGACCUGUAGCAUAGAUACGCUUUGGUGGUCCUCUUUAUACAUGUAGAUCCUACAUUGGUAUAAAGCACUUGUCACAUUGGAUGCACAGUUUCUCAUGUCCACCACCUUGUGGGUUUACAGAUAUUUUGAAUAUGAGAACUGCGGAGAAUUUGAAGAGUCUGUUUCGUAUCAUCAAAGAAAGGCAAAAAGGCCUUUGGUAUCACGACGCUGUCGAGCAAGGAUCGGAAAUUAUUGCUACUUGUGAUAAUGAAAACAUUGGGGAGCAAUCAUCUGGAGCUGAUUUGGUAGUGCGUUCUGAAAUAAUUCAUAAUGAAUUGUUGGAGAAGGUGUCUACCGGACCAGUUAUUCCUCCCACUGAUGAACAGAAAGAGGAUGUUCAGAAGAGGGAUAAAUUACAUGUUCCGACUAUGGUUACUGUUAAUAAACAAACACAGGACUUUCAGAAGAGAGAUAAAUUACAUGUUCCGUCUACAGUUACUGUUAAUUCACCUGCCUCCAGAUGGCCAGUUUGGCUCUCAGCUGUUGCUGGUGAUGUGACUAAAGGCUGGGAUCCUCUACAAGGAAAGAAUUUCGAGAAGCUCGAAAAGAUUGGGUAUGGACCUCGAAGCAUUGUAUACAAAGCUAGAAACCUGCUGACGGGAAAAUUUGUCGCAAUAAAGAAGGUUCGAUUUGAUACAUCGGAUCCUGUCAGUGUGAAGUUUAUGGCCAAGGAGAUUCGCAUCUUGCGCGGACUGGAUCAUCCUAAUGUUAUGAAAUUGGAAGGUUUGAUAACUUCCAAGACGUCUCGAACUUUGUACCUUGUGUUUGAAUACAUGGAACAUGAUUUGGCUAGCCUAUCUGCAAGAAUCUGGUUUUCCGAGGGUCAAGUAAAGUCUUACAUGAAUCAACUAUUGUCAGGGCUCGACUACUGUCACCGCCGUGGCGUACUUCAUUGUAACAUCAAUGGGUCGCAUCUCCUCAUUCACAAUAAUAGUUGGAUGCUUAAGAUUGCUGGUUUUGGAUCAGCCUCAAUCUUGUCAUUUGAUCGGAAAUCCAGGAUUAUUCCGUCUGGCAAUUUAGUGUAUAAAGCGCCGGAGAUUUUUUACGGGAAAAAUUAUGGUAUUGGUGUAGACUUAUGGAGUGCAGGUUGCGUAUUAGCUGCAUUUAUGGGUGGUAAGCCUAUUAUGGCUGCACAAACGGAGAUGGAUAUGAUUUUCAAGUUAUGUGGAAUCACUACUGAAGAAGACUGGAGAAGGAGACUUCCAAUAUACAAAAACCAUGUAAAAGAGACAUUCAAAGAAUUCCCACCAUCCUCGGUAGCGCUACUUGAAACUCUGCUUGCUAUUGACCCAGCUGAACGUAAAACUGCCAUCGCUGCCUUGAUGAGUGAAUUCUUCACCACAGGACCAUGUUGCUGUCAGGAUUCAAGCUUUCAGAAGUACCCUCCAAAAGAAGAGUUGGUUAAUCUGAAAAAGAAGAAAGUUAGGCUUCAGGUUUCAGUUCAUCUUGAGGUAUGCCAUCUAAAAUGCGUUUUCAAGACCUGCAACAAAAAAAAUUCGUUGGUGCAGCGCGUAUUUAGAAUUGUAUGUCACUCACAUUUGAACCACCUCUUAUUGCAGUCUAGUAGAGCUUCAUCUGAGUUCCUUCCUCCAAGUCCCACGACUCCAACCGCUGGUAUACCUGUUAAAUGUGCUAGGGGGGGUGUGCAGUACAUUGAUGGUUCCUAAAAGGUAUUAUCUGCUAAGUAAGUCCAUGAAACACAAAGAAAGUGUCUUUGUGUGUCCGCGCGCUUGCUUGCAGGUGCGUGAGUGGAUGAAUUAAAAGAUCAGAACUUCCAACAUAAACAACAAGCAGACACUUUGUUAGAACUUUCGAAGUUUUCUUUGUCCAUUGUUGAUAUUAUUCAAUUCAUUAAUUUGGAAAUGCUUGUUUGUGUAUUAGAUUUGGUAUCACAUUAACAUUAUAAUUAAUUCAAUUCAUGAAUUAUAUGCUCG